CGCUGACCAAUAGGGGUUGAAUUCUCCAGGAGGAGGACAAUCGCCUUUCAUGCUCGCAGCAUUGUAACAUUUUUCCCUGGCCGAUGCUCGCAUGCUUGUUUUUGUCCUGUGCACGUUUACCUCCCCUAAAAAUCUGCUCAUUUAGUCCAAAUCAGAAUCAGCUGUAAGAGUUCAUCAUCGCUUCUGCACUCGACCCUUUCUGAGUCGACUCAUCUUUUUAUGCCUGAUCUAUUGGGAUUCAGAGUGGGUGUUGCCACCACAGGACGAUGAUCGAGAGACCCGACUCAGCUGUUUCCAGCGUUGCACAGAGGAAUCUGGAGGGUUAUGUCGGCUUCGCCAACCUCCCCAACCAGGUGUACAGGAAGUCCGUGAAGAGGGGGUUUGAGUUCACACUCAUGGUUGUCGGUGAGUCUGGACUGGGCAAAUCCACGCUCAUCAAUUCCCUCUUUCUGACAGACCUGUACUCCAAAGACUACCCUGGCCCAUCUCAGAGGAUCAAGAAGACUGUUCAGGUGGAACAGUCCAAAGUGCUCAUAAAGGAGGGGGGCGUUCAGCUCACGCUCACCAUCGUCGACACACCAGGCUUUGGAGAUGCGGUGGACAACAGCAACUGCUGGCAGCCAGUCAUUAACUACAUCGACAGUAAGUUUGAAGACUUCCUGAAUGCUGAAUCUCGUGUUAACAGGAGGCAGAUGCCUGACAACAGGGUGCACUGCUGCUUGUACUUCAUCGCCCCCUCUGGUCACGGACUGAAGCCUCUUGAUAUCGAGUUCAUGAAGCGUCUACAUGACAAAGUCAAUGUCAUUCCCCUCAUCGCCAAGGCCGAUACUCUCACGCCAGAAGAGUGCCAGCUUUUCAAGAAACAGAUUAUGAAGGAGAUCCAGGAGCACAAAAUCAAGAUCUAUGAGUUUCCCGACACCGAGGACGAUGAGGACAGCAAACUGAUCCGAAAGAUAAAGGAGAAGAUGCCUCUGGCCGUGGUCGGUAGCAACGUGGUGAUCGAAGUCAAUGGCAGGAAGGUCAGAGGUCGCCAAUACCCCUGGGGUGUGGCAGAAGUGGAGAACGGUGAGCACUGUGACUUUACGGUCCUGAGGAAUAUGCUCAUCAGGACUCACAUGCAGGACCUGAAGGACGUGACCAAUAAUGUUCACUAUGAAAACUACCGCAGCAAGAAACUAGCAGCCGUCACCUGCAAUGGGGUCGAUGCCACCAAGAACAAGGGCCAGCUAACAAAGAGUCCCUUGGCCCAGAUGGAGGAGGAGAGGAGGGAGCAUGUGAUGAAGAUGAAGAAGAUGGAGACAGAGAUGGAGCAAGUCUUUGAGAUGAAGGUCAAAGAAAAGAAGCAAAAACUGAAGGACUCUGAGGCAGAGUUGGAACGGCGUCACGAACAGAUGAAGAAGAAUUUAGAAGCUCAAUAUAAAGAGCUAGAGGAAAAGAGACGUCAGUUUGAGGAGGAAAAAGUCAACUGGGAGGCCCAGCAACGCAUCCUGGAGCAGCAGAAACUUGAUGCGUCAAAGACAAUGGAAAAGAACAAGAAAAAAGGGAAAAUCUUUUAAAGACAUCAUGAAGCUCCAUUCCUCUAUAAAACCAGAAACUCCUUGCAUCUCUUUUGAUGCUCUGAUGUUCUAUGACCCCAUAAGAAACACAUGCACAAGUGCUACGGUACAUUUCACACUCCUUUGCAACAAAUGAAAUGAGUUUAUCACCAUCUUCUGGUUGGCUGUAACAUUACACCACAUGCCCAGUAUCUCAAGUGCAUGAUCUCAUCUUACUUGACCAACAUUCCCUUGAAACGUUAAUGGUUAUACAAACAAGACUUUGUUUUUGUAAUAUUUCCUAACAGAACAGGCAGUUUUUAGACAUCAUUCGCACACCUUAGUGUUAAGAAGGUCUCAUAGUAGGUUUGUAAGAAUGUGAUGGAGAAUGAGACGGACGGCUGGAGUUGGAGUUAAGCAAGUAUGUGCUGAAAAGCAAAGCUAUGAAUAGAUGGUUUAUGCUGUUUGAUUUUGGUGUGCGUGACAUGACGAUGUGCAUUUCUUUUGAGGUCAUAGACAUUUGAAAACCUGUUUUAACAUUAUUGCACAGCUAAAUGAUGACAAUAACCGUUUUCCAUGUUUUUAAAGCAUUUGCUGGCUGUGUACGUAGAUAAUUGUGUCCCUACCAUAGAUGGUGUUAUACAAAAUGGCAUGAUUGUCAACAUUAAUAACAAACAAGUCAUUUUUUGAUAUGGAUGAAUAUAAAAUAAUGACAAUAAUAUUUUAGGAUGUUGCUCGAACGUUCUGCCUUAAAAUUGCAGACUGUUUCGGCAUUUGUCUGCUCAUGUUUUGUUUUAUUUUUAUUGUGUCCCUCAGUUCAUUCCUAAACUGAUCUGAGACCAUUUUAGUUGUUGGGGCUGGUCCUGGAUCAGGGCUUGGUGGUCAGUUUUAACCCUAAGCGAGUUGAGUAUAUUUAAACUGAUCUUAUUUUAGCCAUACUUACACCCCUUUAUAAUAAACUCACUUUACAUUCCAGUUGUUGAUGAGAAUCUAAGCGCUCUUUGUUUCUGUUGGAUAGUUUAGAUUGACGGCACGCAGGCUCGAUCACAUGCCAAACAGCGUAUAGACUGCAACGUGCACAAAACUCUCAACCUACCCAUUGCGAAGAGUCCCUGUAUGCCUCAUGUGUUCACACACUAUUAUAUAUUUUGCAGGUUCGUCAUUAUGCAAGUUCGAACACUCAGUUCUUCCUGUCGUGGAUCGCUAAGCCACACAGACGCUCUGAAGUACAUGUUUGGUUUAAGAUUUUUAGUAGAACAGUAUUUUUUGGGGAAAAAAAGGAAAAACUCUUUUCUUUAACCACUCUACACUUGUUUUUUUGUUUUGUUUUUUAAAUAGUAGACCUGAACAUGGCUCUAUGUUUGUUUUCUUAUUAUUUUUUGUACAUGUAUACGGUUUUCAAUCUCCAAUUGUUAUCUUCGUCUGUUAUUCUUUCUGCCUAACUGUACAUUAUUAAACAUGAGAUGUUAUGCUGAU